AUGUCCGUCUUUGACAGUCCGAAUUGCACCGUCGCGGAGAAUGCACCGGUCGCCAGCGAUGCCGGCGUGGCCGGCCGAGGCGUGCUCCUCUCCUUCAUCAUCACAGCCGGUCUCGCUCUUAUCAUUAGUUCCUCCAUCAUCUUCCAAGAGAUGAAGGGAAACCCGUCAAACAUUCGUCGGAAACUUCUCAACAGUUAUUCAGAUCAGCAGAUCCUCCAGGGCAUCGGAAUCGCGUGCGUCGGGCUCGCCAGGAUCAACGUCAUGGUCCCCUAUCACUUCUUCAUCAUUUGGAUGCUCUCAAAUCUCUCCAUGGCCGUCCACAACGCGACACUUCUCGCUCUGGUCCACGAUUUCCGCCGAGAUUGGGUGUUGCGAUGGCUCCGCCAAUUCCUCAUGUUUGUCAAUCUAACGCUGAACGUCGUGUAUGGCGUCUUCAUCCUGCAAGGCGUAUCAAAGGGUAUGCAGGAAUCCAAGUUGCCCGUUGCUUGCGUGUGGGUGGUCGGCGACGAGGGAAAAGGAAACCAACAAGGGAUCAGCUACGUCGGCACCGUUGUUGUCAUCAUCGCGAACGCUCUCGUCUUUGCUCUGGCAAGCUGGUACCUCCACCUGCGGACGCAAAAGUUCAUCAACAUUAUCAAAAUUAUCGGCAUCCUUCUUAUGGCAGCGUCGGCUGUUGGCGCCGCGGUUCGAUGCAUCAUUGCUUCUGAUGCCUUUGGCAAUGGCCCUUCGUACGAGCUGAGCGACCAGGGCGAGAGAGGUUGGGGUUUCGGUCAGCUGCUGUCGCUCCUCGUGCUGCUGUUCCCCCUUGUGUCCAUGGUGGAAAUCAUGCGCGGCGAUAUCAAAGUAGCGCCCUGCGACUUUUCAGACGGAAAGAUGGGCGACAGCACAGAGAUGGGCAACUACCGGUCGUCGUAUCAGCCCAACCCGUUUUUCGGCUCGCAGACAAAUCUCUUCAAGAGGGGGGGUUGA